AUGUGCAUCCAGUGGAUCGCCCCGGCCAACUGUGCCAUCGCCGUCCACGGCACGCCGCGGGACGGGUGCAGGGGCACGCACGUCGUCGUGACGCGGCGCGAGGUGUGCGCCCUCGCCGACGAGCGGUGCGUGUGCUUCUUCGGCUCCUGCGGGGACAUGGUCACGCUGUCGCCGCAGGGCCAGGGCACCGUCGACGCGCCGUGCGAGGCGUGCGGCGUCGACCUGGACCCGGAGCAGAUGAUGCUGCUCAAGGUGUUUGACGAGGCCUUCGCGACCGAGUGGGUCAUCGCCUUUGGCGAGAGCCAUUACGAAAAGUGCACCGAGGGCAUGUGGAGGGGUCGGUGGGAGGCGGACGCGAGGGAGGGAGUGGACGAGUCAUCGUCGGCCCGUCUUGAGUGA